AUGGUCCGUGGACUACACGCCGUGGCCGCUGUCCUGGUAGUGGCAUCACUGGCGCUGCCCAACAUCCCGGCGCCAAACGCGUCGGCGAUCCUGGAGGGCGUGCGGAACUCCAUCCACUCGACAGCGCAGGCUGCGGUGAUGGAGCACCUUGCCUACAAGCCCAUCAUGUGCCCGAACAACAGGCCCUUUGUGAUCUGCCACUGGGACGUGUGCAAGACAGGCACCCCCUGCCAGAACAACCAGGUCUGCGUGCCGGACUACUGCGGCCGCUGCGGCGCCAAGUGCCUGGACAUUGCCUUGCCACCCAUUGAGCUCAAGAUACCCCAGCUGCCCAAGUUCUUGGACGGGGAGAUCCCCCCGCUGCCCAGGCCAGAUGCCCCCUGCGGCCUGAACCAGGCCAUCAACCUCGCGGCGACGGCGUCCAGUGUGCUGUCCAAGGAGCUCAAGGUGGCCUGCAAGGACUGCCCCGAGGGCACCGUCUCCAACGGCCACGCCGUGACCUGCACGGUCUGCCCGCCCGGUACAUACUCCAGCCGGGCCGAGGGCAAGUGCAAGAAGUGCGAACCGGGCACCUACAGCCUCGACCUUGGGGCCAAGGAUUGCAAGCCAUGCGGCAAGGGCACCUUCGCGCCCAUCUGGGGCUCGUUGGUGUGCGUACCGUGCCCCCUGGGCUUCUCCGCGCCUGAGGCCGGCGCCAGGUCCUGCAAAUGGUCGGCUUUUAACAUCACCAAGGGAUGA